UGCGCAAGACGCGCCGUGCUUUCGCGCCGAUUAGGAUCGGUCGGUCUUCUUAUCGCUUCAGCUCCUUUCAUCCUCAUCUUAACCUCUCCUCCAUUACUAAUGACUAGACCUACAUAGCUGAAGUCUUUGUGCAAGACGGUUUCUCCUUUCGUUUCACUAGCUUCAGCAUUCCAAACACACCAUGUCCGUGUCUGCCGUGUUACAGGAACCAACAAUACUUUACCAUGCGACAUGUUAGACGUCAAGAAUCAAAGACAUCACCUUCAUUAAUCCGGUUCAAAGCGCGCGACAGUGAACACAAAGAGAGAAUCAAGACGGAAUAAUCAUGUGGAGACGAACGUAUCUGCUACUCUUGCUUGUUCGGAUCUACUUUGCCCUUUCGCCGAGUUAUGUGCAUCCGGAUGAGCAUUUCCAGAGUCUGGAGGUAUUCGCCGGUCGCAUCUACUCGUACCCCUCGCAAUUGACCUGGGAAUUCACAUCGGACACUCCCAUCCGCAGCGUCUUCCCACUAUGGCCCGUCUACGGCUUACCCAUGAACGUGGUGAAAUGGUUCUACAACGAGACGGGACUGGGUGGUAGUCCACCACCGGAACUGAUAUACUACAUUUUGCGCGGUGGCAUGUUUGUCCUCAGCUUUGUGCUGGAGGACUGGGCUGUAUACGAAUUAGUGCCGACUCCGCGGUAUCGUGUUCCCACGGUGGUGUUGGUGGCCUCGUCGUAUGUCACAUGGACGUAUCAGACGCACACAUUUUCCAACUCUUUGGAGACGCUGUUGGUCACUUGGGGGUUGGUAUUGAUUCAGCGUAUUGUGGAGAAUAAUAAACGCUCCGCAUUUUUCUCGCCUGCCGUGCUAUCGCUGGUGGUGGUACUCGGUGUGUUUAAUAGGAUUACAUUUCCGGCAUUCCUUCUAAUACCUGGACUUCAAUUAGUCCCUCAUUUUAUCAAGAAACCAUUCGCAUUCGCUGUCCUCGUCGGAUUCGGCUCACUAUUCUCUGCGCUCGCAAUCCUCACCGAUACCAUUUUCUAUCGUUCCUCGUCUUUCAUUGAGAGUAUCCGUCAUCCGGUCAUCACCCCUUUAAAUAACCUAAUAUAUAAUUCCAAUAGCCUGAACCUAGCCGAGCAUGGCCUUCACCCUCAUUAUCACCAUUUCCUUGUGAAUCUCCCGCAACUCCUCGGACCAGCUCUCGUGGUCCUUGUGGUGUCCUUAUUCAUGAAACCAGGCAUCAGAUCAGCUACAUUCUACAACCGACGCGCCAUCUCCGCCGUAUCAGGGACCAUGAUCCUCUCCGCAAUUCCGCAUCAGGAACCCCGUUUCUUGCUCCCUUGCGUGCCGUUGCUGCUGACAUGUAUCCGGCCGCUGAAAACGCGGCCGUUUCUCCUUUCAUGGAUCGCAUUUAAUGCCAUCCUCGGGUUUUUGAUGGGCGUUUAUCAUCAAGGUGGUGUAGUACCCACCCAACUUGCGAUGCCAUCUAUAAUAUCGUCCAAAAUCACACAACAUCAACAAACCGAAUAUACGAAUGUAACCGUCUUUUGGUGGAAGACGUAUUCUCCUCCAUUAUGGUUACUAGGUGACACCACCAAUCUACACGCCCACCUUCGCACACGCGAUUUAAUGGGCAUGCGAGGAACCGAUAUGAUCAAACAGGUUGAUUCCAUCCUCCCAGCUUGUCCUGCUCUUUCAUCCGCAGACGAAUCAAACAAUCUAAUCUUCCUCGUCGCACCUCGCUCCGCCACAUUCCUGGACACCUACACAUCUUCUAUUUCUUCGGAGCUAAAGGAGCCACAACUCCACAUGACAGAACAAUGGACAUAUAAAAACCAUCUGAAUCUGGACGAUAUUGAUUUUGGCGAUGAUGGAGUUCUGGCUACUAUUUAUCGUGUUAUUGGUCGUCGGGGAUUGACGGUUUGGUCUGUUGAAAGGGUUGGAUGUGUAUAAUUUUAGGGUUAUUGGAUAUAAAUGAUAGUCUUGACCGUCUUAUCCGAAAUGCACUUAACAGUAGGACACU